CAGUAGCGUUGACAGGCUGGGAGUAUAAUUUUUCUUCUGCGGUGGUGUUUUCAAUUUUUCACGAAUUCAUUAAAUUAAUUGAUAAAAUGUCUUAAUAAAACGAAAUUUAACCUUAGGUGUUGUUAACGAAUGAUAUUUGUGAAACAAAUAUAUCCAGAAACGAGGAAAAGUGAGCCUGUUGGCUUUCCAAUUAGGCCACCACCAUAAUUAUCCUUUAUUUGGUGGACACCCGAGCGAUACUUUUUAACAACGGCUUGGCAAAACUUCGGUUUCUGUGAGGAUGUCGUUUGCAUUUAAGAUAGACAAAGCUUUAAAGGCGAACUUAUAUAAAAUAUGUCGACUCUGCGGAAUCGACAGAGAGGAAAAAGUUGAAAUACUCGAUGCUGGGCCAACCGACCAACAACAGCCGGUGGAUUGUGAUGGCGAAUUAAAGCUUCACCAAAAAAUUAUACAAUGCAUUGGCAUCACAAUAAGCAAAGAUGACAAAAUGCCUCAAAGCGCUUGUGUACUGUGUGUGGAUAAAAUCAAUGAUUUUUAUGAGUUUCGUGAAAUGUGUUAUGCCACAGAUGUACAGACUAGAAAGUUACUGGGUUUAAAACGCGAAACUCAGAAAAAGAAUGUUGUUGCGGACAUUAAGCCCAUUAUUGAUAUAAAGGAGGAAACAGUUGUGAAACGUGGGCGAAAACGCAAGUCAGAUGAAGUAGUAGCUAAGGAAGAAGCGCCGGAAGUUAAGCGAGAAACAAACCCAGUUCCGAUCAGCAGCAAAAAACAACGUUUGAAUGAGGCACCGACGGAUGCUAAAAAGAAAGGAAAACUAGGAAAGAAUUUUGAUAAAACCGUGAAACAGAUUGAUAAAACAGUAAAACAGAUUGAAAAAACCGUAAAGCCUAAAGAGGAAAUAAAAGAAGAGCCUGCGGAGAACGUGAAACCAACUACAGCACCUAGUAGUGUAACGAAAUUCCGACAAGUGUGCAACAUAUGCAAUCAGCGCUUUGGUAGCAAAGUAAAAUUGGAACAACAUGUGUCCGCGACACAUGUGCCAAACAUUCCACGAUACGUUUGCACAGCCUGUAAUGAAACCAUAAAGAAAACCAAUGAUAUCAAAAGUCAUCAGUUAUGGCAUAAAUUAUCUAAAACACCUUAUAUGUGCGGUCAUUGUGGUCAGUCAUUAAUUAGCUCCUAUGCAUAUUCCAGACAUCUUCGGGAUCACACCGUGGAAAUACCGCCAAAUCUAUGGGUACUUGAUCGCGAAUGCCCACAGUGUCACCACACAUUCUUAACAAACUUUCUCUACAAUACACACUCUUGCGCAGUUAAGACCAAAAAGUGUGCUGGUUGCAAUCGUCAGCUGCGUAACGAAGUAGAAUAUCAGCGUCACGCAGCGCACUGUAAUAAAGUUUACUUAAAUUACUCUAAACAUAUACCAGCUGCCGCCGCCGCUGCGGAAUCCACUAUUCGUAUUAAAAACGAAAAUGAUGUGGAAGCAGCUGCUGCUGAAGCACUCGCAAGAAAUGCUGGAAUAUCGCUAGACAUGGCACCAGUAGUGUCGCUAACGCGCAUCUCGACACCGGAAAUAAUUGCUGCGAGCCAGGGCAAUAGUGUAGCAGAAUAUAAUAAUGAAGGUGCUGCAGCACUAACAGAUGAUCCGAAAACACCUGCAAAGAAGGGUGGUAAGAAAGGGGUCUCUCGCAAAGAUCUUAAAAGGGUAGAUAACUUACUAAAAUCCACUUUGGAUGCACUGGUGAGCAUUAAACAUGAACCAGAGGUGCACGUAGAAACGGAUGCUGAGACGCCUGCUGCAACAGGUGAGGAAACUGCCAAUAAAGAAAAAGAAUCAGAAGAUACAGACCAUGACAACUUUCAUCAUGAUGAUUUCCAUCAUGGCGAUAAUAAUGAUGAUGAAGAUGACGAAGGAAAUAGGGGUCAGGAUGCAGCAAUUAGUACUCGUACUAACGAAAUAGCUAUCAAAGAAGAACCAGUAGAGGAGAAUAUUUCUUCAGCUGCUAUAAAUAUUAAACAGGAAGUGAUUGAUGUUGAAAUCGAGAACACGACACCUGCCGCAAAAAUGCCAGUAUUAAAAUUAAAAAUUAAAAAGGAACAUGGCACAUUGAAUUCAUCAAUAGUAGAGGAGCAAAAUAUUCGUGUCGAGAAGAAAAAGAAGAAGAAAAAACGAAAAGAUGCCGAGCGGAAAGGAGACAAGAUGUUGGAUGGAAAUGAACCAACACCAGAGAUUCCGACAGUGCAGGAAUCUGAAGCGACUUCGCAGAGUCUUUCCCAUCCAAACAUUUUGCGGCCCAUCAAACAAGAACGAUUGGAUGAAGCCGGCGAAGAAAUGGAAGGCAGCGGGGCAGAAGAAACGGUGCAGCCGGGCGCAACUGUUAUGACCACUAUACCUAUACCACAGUUCCAAAUAUCAGCUAUUUCAAGUGGUGUAGAAUUUGGAGAUAAUACUACGACAGCAGUCGAAGGUGAAGCAGAUGUAGAGACCAGUGAUACAGCGGCAGUCACCACACCAGAUAUUACCACUGAUGAGGGAGAGAUGGAAGAUAUCAAACCGAACAGAGCUGAGUUAGACCGCUUGUUCAAAAUAACAAGCGUUAGCUCUGGUGUGCAGAUGGAACGAGAGAUUGAGUGCACUUACGAAACUGCAAGCGCCGUAACGUCUACAACUACAAGCGUGGUACCAGGACAGGCAGCCGAAAAUUCAAUUACCAGUGUCGGUGAAAUGGUGCAAAGAAAGGCUCCUAGAAGCGCACCUAAAGCAGUCAAGCAUAAGGCGCCAGAACAAAAACCGCGGCCAUCGACGCAAGCACGGGCAGCAAAGGCAUUCAAAUCAACUUCAGGAGUUAGCAAGAACAAUGUAAACACAAUUGUUACCUCCAAUGAAAGUAAUAUUGUAGACUAUGCUCAAAUUAAAAUAAAACCUGAACCAGUUGAUCGUGGUUAUGAGGAUGUGUUCAACGCUUACGAAGCAGCUACAAAUUCAUCCGAGCCACAAGUAGAGCCUCUAAAUGAAGGAUUGUCGAUGGGAGAAUUGACGGAGCAAGAGUAUUUGAAUAAUAUUGAUUUCUCAACUAUACAAAUCAAACAAGAAAAGGAUCUUGAUUUAUCGGACGUGGAAAUGACAAAUACACACAUCGUCACAAGCGCCAUACCAAACGGUAUGAAACGUAAACGUUCGAAUGGCGAAGAAUCUCAAUAUUCUGGAAAUGAGGAGGAUACUGAUAGUAUGGAUAAUGAAGAAACCGAAGAUGACGAUGAUGAUGAUGAGGAUGAUGAUGAUGAUGAUGAUUGGGUAGGCGUUAAGAAAGAAGAAGAAGAAAAACGUGAGUAUCGCGAACUUGAAAUGCCGCCACUGUUGUCAACAGAGGAGCCAGAAACUCCCGAGAUACCGCUGCCGGUGUCAGCAGAGCUGCAAGGAGAACUGGAGUUGCCGUCACUAAUGUCAACAGAGGAGCCAGAAACUUCCGUGAUGCCGCCGCCGUUGUCAGGGGAAGUGCAAGAGGCACCUGAGUUGCCUGCCCUGUUGUCAACAGAGCAGCAAGAAGGACCUCAGUUGCCGUCACUGGUGUCCACAGAAGAGCGGGGAACACCAGAAAUGCCACCCCUGUUGUUAACAGGGGAGCAACAGGCACCUGAGUUACCGCCACUGUUGUCAACAGAGGGUCAAGACGCACUUCAGUUGCCGUCAAUAUUAUCUACAAUCCCUGAAAGAGAAAACGUGUAUGGGGAAGAAUUACAGUGCGAAUUGAAUAGAGUUAGCUUUACAUGUCCUAAUGAAGAAAAUAUGACUGCCAUUUCAGCAAUAGAAAAUGCUGCUAGUACGCUACUAACAGACAAUUCUUCAAAAUCAACUGAAGCAGAAUUGCCGCCGCCGUUUAUGAUAACAGGCAUUUACAGCCAAGCAAAUUGUGGCGUGUCUAAUCAAUUUUCAUCAUUAAUUGACAGAGACUCCCCGUUGGUGGAGACUGGGUUCUCAAAUGCUGUAAUUGAGCUGCCUAUCGCAGCGCCUACAUUUAAAAUAUCCAGUGUCAUGGCUGGCUGCUCGGUAAAUUUCAAUGAUUUUUCAAAACAUGCAGAAGAAGAGGCAAUGAGUGAAUAUGGAGUGAUCGAAAAUUUGUCGGUUUCUGACGUGGAAACUAUGCAAGUUGACGAUGUGGAUGAAAACGGUGGAACUAAUUUAUUAGAUGGAGCAGCACAUAUGAGUAUGACUGAUGAAUCAAUGGAUUUCACAUCAACAGCUCAGACAUUGUGCUUGGAGAUAAAUCAAGAUAAAGAUUCGCUUCUUAACGCACAACCAUUCUCUAAUGAUGGUUCAGAACCAGUGAACGCACUAAAUACAAUGCAGAUAAUGUUUAACCCCAAUACGAACGUAGACAUGGAUAUCUCGAUUCAACCAAAUCCUGAAAACGUAGUCGAAGAGGCCCAAAACGUUCUCAAUCACGAAGUCGUCGAAGCGCAAGCCAUUCAACGACUAACACUAGAAGUCAUUGAGGCGACACAAAACGUCGAAGAGACUGAAAAUCUUAUGAAUGAGUGCGUAGCUGAAGCGCAAUUGCAGCAACAGCAAGCUCAAUACACCGAAACUCCACCAGGAAGUAGUAUGCGACUCAAUGAUCCCGAAUGUGAGAAAAGUUGCAGUAGCAGUAACGAAAGCAUCGGUGGUGCUGGUAGCAGCAGCGGUAGCGGCAUCGGCAGUGCUAGCGGCAGCAUCGGUGCAUUGAGCCAAAGUACAUUGAUUAAUCGCCCAUUUAUGCUCGACGAUAGUAACAUAAAUGAAAUCGCCGAAAAUAACAACAAUGCAAACAUCGAACGAGAACAACAAGACGAUGUUUCUUCUACGAAUAUCGCGAACACGUUCGAAGCGAACGUUGUUACUGCAAAUCCCGUCGCUGAGCAAAGCAAUGCGGCGGUAGUUGAGAUAAAAACGGAAGACAUAACAUGAAAACUAAAUUGAGCAAUGAAGAAGGUUUUAAAUAGUGAGAGUUCAAUUAGUUUAAGGUAAUUAUUUGCAAAACAUACAAUUACUUGGUUUUAAUAUUUUCAUAUCGUUUGGUUUCUCGUUAACUAUUUCAAUGCAUAAGUGGCGCAAUAAGAUCUAUGUAUGUAUUUAAGCUUCUAUAUUUCAAUUGUUUACUUUUGUAUAUGUUUAAACAUGUGUUAGCUUAAGUUUGUUUCAUUUAAAAUUUACAUACAUACUUAAUAGGAACGAGAAACGCUACAAAGCGUUUCCUUUAACUGAGUGUAUUUAAAAUUUGAUUCAUUCUCGCCUCCGAAUUUGUGUAUUUCUUGCAAAUCCAAUUGUGACCUAAGCAUAGGGUCACACAGAUUCGCUUGCAAUACAUAUGUACAUGUGUAGAUAUGCAUAAAUGUGCUUGAAUUUGUAGACAUACAAAUACAGACACAUAUGAAGAGGCAGGAAUCAAAAGGAUCUAAGUAGGUCUGGCAUUAUUUUGAGAUAAUUAAGGUUAAAGUUGAUUACUUAUUGUAAAUUCUGGGUAAAUGCAUUUGAAAUGAUUCUUGCCUAAAUGAAUGCAGGUUAAUUAACUAAUUCUCUUUGGCAACGAAUAAACACUCUAUUUAACUUAACAAAUAUGGGUAUAACUUAUAUUAUCAAAAAAUGUCACUUAGGCCCUUAUGAUUCUAACCCCUUCAUAUGUGUAUGCAUAUGAAUUUAUUUAUGUACCCCUAUAUACAUCUCGCUUCACUUAAACCGACACAUUUUUUCAUUAGGAUUCAGGGAAAUGUUGAAACUGUUUGUGAUACACUUUUUUGUGCUGAUUACGAAUCCGUAAGUAUAAAGAUUCCACCAGCUCCAGAUUUUGAGAAAAACGUGUAAGAUACUGUAGAAAAAUCGCGUUUUUGCAAUAUUUGGGAAGCUCUAGCACAAAAAGAAAAGGUGAUAGAAUCUUCCACUUAGGCUUAAAUUAAAGCUAGAACUCUCGAAUACAAUCCUUAAAAAUAUCAUCACUGCACAUAGAUCCUAAGGCCAUUUAUAGUCAUUUAACAAACAAAUCCUGGACAAUUUUGCUAUUGAAAACCAAAAAUUGUGUCAAAAUCCGGUAUUGCUGUUAAAUAAAUGGCUAUAAGUGACCUUAGGGUCAAUAUGCAAGGAUAGUAUUUUUUGGAAUCGUAGUCGAAAGUUCAAGCUUUAAUUUAAGCCUAAAUAAUCAUUUAUUUAAAUGCGGCAGGGACUAAACUAUAAAUAAAUGCCUAUAAGUGACUAUCAAGUCAAGGUGCACGGAUGGUAUCUUCAGAGAUAGUAUCGAGAGUUCUAGCUUUAAUUUAGGCCUUAGUGGAAGGCUCUAUCACACUUUGUUUCUUUGCUAGAGCUU